AUGAAGAUCGGUCGAACUUAUCCCAGACGUCGGAAAGCGGUCGCUGAGACUCUUCUCGAUGUCACGAUUGUAGAAGGGAAGAUUGAAACGCGGAGAGAACCGCAGAGGAAGGCCCUCCUGAUAGGCAUAAACUAUAGUGGUCAGGCUGAAGGACAGCGGGGGAUGCAGUUAAUGGGUCCGCAUGGAGACGUUCAAGCGAUGAAGAAGCUGCUUAUGGGUGAGUCGUUCCCCGGCCUUGGUAUCGCGAAUCUCAAGCGCGGACAUCUUGCAGAAAUGUACGGAUACAAGAGCGAGCAUAUCACUAUAUUGAUGGACGCCGAGGGGUACGAGCAGCCUACGAGGGAAAAUAUCCUUCGCGAGAUCGACAACCUCAUUAAAGACGCACAAGCUCGGGACACGUUUUUCUUUCAUUAUUGCGGGCAUGGUGGCCAAGUCAAGAAUCGAACCAACAGCGAGGAAGAUGGAUUGGAUGAAUGCAUCAUUCCCUCGGACGCAAGGGACACCUACGAUAGACACUGGAUCAUAGAUAAUGAACCAACGGCGCCGGCCUUCCAGGAACUCAAGCAUCGCCUUGUGGACCCCCUCCCAGUCGGCAGUAACCUCAUCGCUGUGUUUGAUUCGUGCCACUCCGAAUCGUUGCUAGACCUUUACCACUCUCAUUGUAAUCGAGUAUGGGUACCGUGGAUAUCGAAGGGGAAACGCAGAUCCCAAUCUCUCAUGAGCAAGCAAGUGAAACGGCUCGCAAUGGACGAUACAAGAGCAGUAGUCGCAUCACGCCGCGUCUGGCAGAACCAACGAAUAUCGUCCGGGCAAGUUAUCUCCCGGCGCACCUCAAUUGAUAAAGUUCGCUCCAUUGAGGGCUUCCCGGCACGUCUGAAGCGUCUGUCUAUCAACGUCAAAUCUGUGGAACUGAAAUCCGAAUUCGUUGCCUCGAGCGAAGCCCCACCACAAUCGCAGCAACCACACUGGUGGCCUUCGAAUAUGUCCCCGAUCCUUCGUUGCGAUUCUCCCAUAGGCCAGUACUGCACAGGCGACUGCAGAGAGCAAAAGGGCGAUGCGCAAGACGAGGCCUUGUUAGCCAAUGUCAUCUCCAUCGGGGCCUGUACAGAUGAGCAGAGUACCUGGGAAGCCGAAGAUGGCAACUCGAUGACAGCGGCCUUGAUUGAAAUACUCAGUCAAGAUCCCAAUCCAUCCUACCAGAAGUUGAUGGUGCUGUUGAGCCAUAAACUACACGAUCUAUCGAUGAAGGUUCAUUCAUCAAGCAAGCAGUGGAAGACGGACGUAAAGACCUGGCGAGCGAAGCAGGAGGCCAAAGGCCGAGUGUUCUCCAGGUCUGCUUCGGACGGUAUGAUCCUGGAUACCCAGAACUUCCAGGAUCCACAGUUAUCCAGCCAUAAGCCUUUGGAUAUGAAUGACACAUUCCGUCUCGCCCAUUAG